CAAAGAUCCACCAUCGUCUGGCUCUCAUUCACAGACGGCAGCAGCAGCAGGGCUGUCGGAGCGACGCUUCAGCCGAGACAUGAGCGGACGAGUCGGAGACCUGAGCCCCAAGCAGGCCAAGACCCUCACUGAGUUUCGGGAGAGGAUUCAAGAUGUCCUCCCCAGCCUGCCAGCUCAGCAUGACCACUACCUCCUCCGCUGGCUCCGAGCUCGUAACUUCCAUCUUCAGAAAUCAGAGAACAUGAUCAGGAAGCAUGUGGAGUUCAGGAAGCAGAUGAAAGUGGACACCAUCAUAACUGACUGGAAGCCUCCAGAGGUGAUCGAGAAGUACGUAUCCGGUGGGAUGUGCGGCUAUGACCGAGAGGGGAGUCCCAUCUGGUACGAUGUGAUCGGCCCUCUGGACCCCAAAGGCCUGCUGCUGUCAGCCACCAAACAGGACUUCCUGAAGACGAAGAUCAGACACAUCGAGAUGCUGCAGCGGGAGUGUCGGAGGCAGUCUGAGAAGCUGGGGAAGAACAUAGAGUCCAUCACUCUGAUUUAUGACUGCGAAGGACUUGGACUGAAGCACAUUUGGAAACCCGCUAUUGAGACUUACGGAGAGAUCCUCACCAUGUAUGAAGACAACUACCCUGAGGGGCUAAAGAGGGUGCUUCUCAUUAAAGCUCCUAAAAUGUUUCCGAUGGCCUACAACCUGAUCAAACACUUUCUGUGUGAGGAAACGCGACGGAAAAUCGUGGUUUUAGGAAGUAGCUGGCAGGAAGCGCUGCGCAAGCACAUCGACCCGGACCAGCUUCCUGUGGUGUACGGAGGAACCCUGACCGACCCCGACGGAGACCCUCGCUGCAGAACCAUGAUCAACUACGGCGGGAACGUUCCCAAGUCUUACUACGUGCUGGAGUCGCUGAAGGUUCAGUACGACAGCAGCGUCACCAUCAGCCGCGGAUCAAGCUUGCAGCUGGAGUAUGACGUCGCUGCCCCCAGCAGCCUCCUCAGGUGGCAGUUUGCCAGCGAUGGAGCAGACAUCGGGUUUGGAGUGUACCGCCGUACCAAGGACAGCAGGAGUCAGAAGGUAGCCGAGAUGAUGCAGGUUCUUCCUAGCGAGCGGUACAACGCCCACCUGGUCCCAGAAGACAGCUGCCUCACCUGCUCAGAGCCAGGAGUCUACGUGCUGUGUUUUGACAACAGCUACAGCGUCCUCCAGUCCAAGAAGGUUAGCUACAACGUGGAGGUGAUUCCUCCUGCGGAUGAACAGCUGCAGACUCCGUGCGGCAGAGGGGACGUGAGGCUGCAGUGAGGACACGCAAACAUUACAUCUCACAUUUUGGUCACCUCGCUGCCUCACGACUACUGGAUUUAACCUCAGCGUCUCUCAGUGCACUGCGUGUUAGUUCUUAAUUGUUUGGAGCCUUAAUUGUAAAGCUGAUUAAUGCGAGGAUGAGAAGCAGUACUGUGAAUGCAGUGUACUGAAACUGUCCCAAAAUGAUUCAGAACUGAACCACAGAGGUCAGUUCAAGCAGUCCAGCAGAGAUUCCAUAGUUAUCAAAGUAUGCAUUGCUUUUACUAAAGUGUGAUAAAUUUACAUUUUAAUGAAUAAUGAUAAUUUUUUCAGAUUAUAUUUAUUUUUGGAUCAAUUUCCUGCAAGAUUUGCUAGAUCAUGAACACAACUCAUGCAGUCUAUACUGCCAUCUACAGGCCAGUUUUGGGUGAUCCAACGUCACCAGUAACAGCUUCCUCUCACCACCUGGUUGUGUUUUCAGCACUUUGCUGAACUUUGUUGAGUUCUACUUUUAAAGUUAAUGUGCGUAACAGUAGGACCUGUCCUCUUCACCAGUGGUGGGGCUAGAAAUUGCCCGUUGCUCACUCAGGAGUGGCGAACCACUGAGUGGCGUCGGAGUUCAGAGCACAUCAUCAGUAUUUUCCAAACUCAAUUCAAAUGCAAUUCAAAAAUACUGUAUUGAUUCCAAAGGGAAAUUAGAUUAAUUUACUGUAGACAAAAUGUAUUUUCUUAAGAUGAAAAAAUGUAUGAAUGUAUUCAUAAAUUUAUGCUCUCUAAUCAUAUUUCACUGCUGCCACCAGAUGUUUUGGAGGUGAACUGCAGCUGUGGUCGAUAGCAGGUUACUCUCUGGCUCCGCCCCUUCUCUUCAUACCUUCUACCCACCAUUUCCAGACAGUAAACCAAUCUGGAAUGUGAGGUAAAGAAAAUGAGGUGUGUGUGAGGGGAAAGUGAUCUCAUGUCUCGGUUUCUUCUGAAGUCGGAAUCUGUGCAGUAAAACGAGGAUUCCCACAGAUGCUGAAUCACUUUUUUUUUUCUCGACUUGUGGCCUAGAGUCACAAAUGUGUACUAACCCCAGUAUUACCCUGGAAACCAGCUCUCUCCCUGGUCUUUUACCAUAAGGGACAGGAGUUCCUCCACAUGGGAAGGAGUCUGCUGAAGUGGAUUCCACUGGGAGGAAUCCUCAGUCCCAGAAUCCCAUGCAGUUGAACUAGAUAUUAACCAAUUCUUUGCAAAUGAAUUUGUAAGAUUUUUUUUUGUUGUCACUAUUUGACCUAGAAUCAGACUUAACUCGUCCUCUGAGUUACAAAUGUUUUUGUGUUUGUCAAAAAUGACAAAAAUUAGACAUUUUUUAAAAACUUUUAUUCAAAUUCAGACCUGUACAUUUCCUCAGUAUUAAGUAGAAUUUUCUUAUGAAUUAGGUUAAAUGUUUUUGGAUAUUCUUCCAUAAGAUCAGGGCUUAGUGAUGGCUUUUUGUCAUUCUUAAGCCCUUCUGUGCUUGUGAUCGGUGUUUGUUUGCAAUACCCACUUUCAUCCAAGCUUAAAGCUCCUGACUGACGUCAUGAGAUGUUAUGGUACCACCUACAGUAUUGUGUACAGUGCACCAGCCUGUAGAGGGAAAUCCUUCCCCAACAUGCUGCUGACACCUCCUUUCUUCCCAGUUUCUGUGAAGAAACACUAGAUUUUAUGUACCAAAACAUGUUCUUCUGGAGAGAAUCCAUCUGAUUUCUGAAAAGACUAUUUGAAUUUUUCCCAGCUGUUCACAUUUGGAUAGAAUUGUUUGAAAAGAUAAAUGCAUCUCCUAGAGUCUUUUGGGGAUUGUACCCAUCUUAGCUGACUUUUCCCCCGAUGAUGUCAAGCAAGGAAGCCGUCUGCAUAAAGCGUUGCCUUAACACAUAUUCACCGAGUGAGAAUAAGUGAUUAUUCAUAUUUUUAAGUAAUGUAAAUGUCUAGUUUUAAUAUUCUUGGUGUGCAAUCUGUUAAUAAAACCACUUGACUGAU